AUGCCUGCGGCUUUGAAUACCAAGGCCGCGCCGCCUCCCAGCGACACCGACCUCGCAUCUCCCGGCAUGACGGACGCCGAGCCAGCCUCCUCCGUGCCAGCCUCCUCUGAGCCAGCCUCCUCCGCGCCAGCCUCCUCUGAGCCAGCCUCCUCCGCGCCAGCCUCCUCUGAGCCAGCCUCCUCUGAGCCAGCCUCCUCUGAGCCAGCCUCCUCUGAGCCAGCCUCCUCUGAGCCAGCCUCCUCUGAGCCAGCCUCCUCCGAGCCAUCCUCCUCCGAGCCAUCCUCCUCCGAGUCUGCGAUGCAGCCCAUCCCAGCCGUUGUGAACACGACUGGGCCGCCUUUGCACGUCUUCUCGCGCCGCUUCCUCGGUCCCAGGCCGCUCAGCGAGGCAACGUCAACCAAGGCUACAGAUGCGAGAGAUGCGCUACGCGAGCUACGACGCAAGGGAAUGCGGCAGCUACUCCAGCUCGGCAGGGACGAUGUGGAGGACGAUGUGGAGGACGAGGCUCGUGUGGGACCAGCCGUGCACCGCUUCCGCGUACGGAGAAUGAGUAGGCUGGGCGACGAGACCGAGGCCGACUUUGAUGUGGACGAUACUGGCAGUUCGAGCGAUAGUACCGAUGACGAACCGGCACCCAAGAAGAAGAAGAAGAAGAAGAAGGAUAAGGAUAAGGAUCCUAAUGGCAAGAGGAAAGGCAAAGAUAAGAAGGACAAGAAGGACAAGAAGGACAAGAAGGCCAAGAAGGCCAAGAAGGACAAGGCCAAUAAGAAGAAGGGGUCGGGAACAGUCUGGGUCGGCAACUCGUUCGACAUCGGCGCCGAGUUCGAUUCGGUGCCGAGCGACGAGAAGAUUGCGCCGGUGACCUCGGUGACCCUGCUGCGCAAGGGCGUGCAAGACUCGCCUGAAGCUUCACCUCACGCGCUGUACCCCGAAGAGGACAUUCCCACCGCCGGGCCAUCAACUCCUCUACCCACACCAUCGCGGUCCAAAACCACGUUCGCGCCCCCGCUCCCUAGCAGAGUGGGCUCAACAUCCUCGACGGGCGGCGAGACAUUCAUGACGGCACGCGAGGAGAAUGACGAUUCAGAUGGGUCGACGUUCCACGCCAUCGUCCCCCACCAUCAUAAGCAAAAGCCACCACCAAGUGACGGGCAACCGAGCACUCACUCGUCGCCAAUAGCCCGUCCGAGUUCGGGGACCGACUCGCGUGCGCAUCUGAUUCAUACAUCGGACGAGGAGGCGGACUUGGGUCCAUCGAGCCUCUCGCCCCGCUCCGAGUCCCAGGGGCACAAGUCACGUGGAUCAAGCUCAACUCCGAGUGCUUCCAAACACACGAUGAGCGCCGUCAAGUCGGGCCUCAAAAAGGGUAUCAGAACCGCUCUCAAGCGCGGCGUCAAGAAGGGCAUCCGAUCCGGCAUCAAGUCUGGUAUCAAGUCUGGUUUCAAAUCUAGUUUCAAGUCUGCUGUCAAGGACAAAGCGAAGGAAGUGAAGAAGUCUGCCGUGAAGGAAAGAGAGAGGGAAGCGCAGAAGUAUAACGACGUGGAGAAUCCGCACAAAACUAAGACGGUCAAGUUCAAAGGAAAGGAGCCCAGCGGCGCCCAGUCGCCUGCGCAUCCGCGUCAGGUACUCGCGCGCUCGGGGCCCAACUCAGCAUCAAUGAGCGAGGGCACCGGCACCGAGAUCGAAGACGACUUUCUCCCAGGCGGCGUUGUCAUGCGGGACCGCUCGUGUGUCAAAGUCGGACGGCAUCGCGACGAGGGCAUCCGUUACUUUGACGAGUCGGUGCAGAGGCGUAGCCCAUGCUACCGAAUCGACCCGAUGGAGGAGUAUCUGCUCGGCAUGACUGUCACGUCGGUCGACUUCUAUUCCGACUGGUUCUGGCCGUGCCAGGAGAGGAUCAAGGGACACAAGCGACUGGCUUACUGUGUACCGCUGUCGUCACCGACUACGUUGACAGUGUUCCACAAGCCGGACAUGACGCUGGCACUCGUUUGCCCGUGGCAGGUGAUAUUUCGCAACACCCAGCGCCACUCGAACAAGAGUUUACGUCGUCAGACAUCACGGUGGGACCGCACGCGCACUGGCCUCCUCGACGACCUUCAUCUUGGUCGGCAAGGGUGCGCAAUCUUCCUCAUCACUUUUCGGGAGCGGUCUCGAGCCCUCGACUGGUACUGGUACAUCACUGGCCAACUGGGACUCAAGCUCCCGCCCCAGAUCGACAUCCGUGUGCCUGUCCUCGAACUGACGCUGCGCAUCGCGAUCCCAGAGGAUCCGUCGAGCGUGUCGUUCAACGCCGAGACGAUCUUGCGCUCGGCGUGGAAAGCUGUGUUAUCCAACACAGAGCGACAGCGCUUGCUACGUGACCUGGGUACGGUGCCCAACCUCCAGCUAGCGUGGAAGGAGGUCGAGCCGACACUUGACUGGGUGUGCUGGGAUUCGACCGUCAACAACAGACCACGCCAAUGGUCUCUCCUCGCGAGUUUUGCGCAGGGUUUCUCACGGCCCAAGAGCACGCUGCAGAUCCGUGACGCAACACACCACGGUAUCAGAGUGCGUCUCGAGGACGGUACGCUGCUCGGCGAGCCCGAGGCCGUAGAGGGUUACCUUACGCGCCACAAGGCCGCUGCACACCCCAAAAUGGAAGUCUAUCUCUGCGUGGCCGACGGGCACAUCUUCUGCUGCGCCGCCAACGCCGCCACACCGCCUCUGACCCCUCGGCGGCGCGGCUCUUCACCGGCCGAGCUCUUCCCUGAGUUGCAGAAGCAGUUUCUCAACGGCGAGCGCCAUCGGCUGGCAACCAUUGUCGAGAAGAGCGUGGGGUGUCUCAGCCUCUCCCGCAUUGAGAGCGUCAAGCUCCUCAAGACGGCUGAACCCACGGAUCCCGAAGCCACGGACGGGGUUGACGCGCCACUGGCAGCCGCAACGGAGACAGACACCGCGCCACUGGCAGCCGUAACGGAGACAGACACCGCCAGCCCACCGGCCCCUGACGCGGACGCGCGCCAGCGCUCCAAGUCUGUUGCGGCGCCUCAGGCAUCCGAGAUUACGCCCCUGCACGUCCCAAAGCUGCAGCGCGCUGAAACCGCCACCCAUGUCGCUGCUCCACGUCGCCGACAAUCCGCACUUACUCCGUUGAAGAAGGAGGGCAAGAAGAACCUGCGCAAGUUUGAGGUGAUGAUGCGCAACGGUACGAGGAUUGUCUUUGAGGCGCACACGCCGGAGAUUGCCGCCGAGUGGGUCAAGCACUUGACCGAGCUCGUGCGGUACUGGGCUCUCCGGCGGCGAGUCGAUGCACGCUCGGCCAUGGACGUCCGACAGCUCCACAUGGGGAGAGAGGCGUUCGUGGGCCAGGCUCUGGACGUCACUACCGAGACUGUGAUCAACCAGCUGUGGAAUCGGUGUGUCAUUGAUGGAUGCCGGCCAGUUACGCACUCGGGAAGGGUUUAUGUGCGCCGAAGCCCCUGGGGCAAGUUUAGGUCGCUCUACCUCGUCCUCAUGCAAGGCAGUCUUGUCGGCUUCGCGUCCGAUGGGAGCGCGGGGAUGCAGAACCGACGCGCCGUGUGGCCUCUUUUCGGUUCUUUCGUUUACUCGGGCAUGCUUGCGCAAAACGAGCUCGACGCCAACAAGAACGACGCGGCGUGGGACCCCAAGAACCGCAUGUACAUGGACGGUCUACAGAGCACCGACGGCGCCGAGGACACGACAUUCUGCGUCCGCCUCCUGUGGCCGCACGGGUCAUUUGCCCCGCCGCAACCUUGGGAUAUGGAGAAGAACAGAAAGAGCGGGGCACAAGCGUCAUUCGUGUCACCUCCGCUUAAGAAGAAGCCCCUGCGCCUGCUAAUCUGCCGCGCUCGCAGCAAGCUCGAGCGCGAUCGCUGGGUGUGGGCGCUCAACUGCGAGAAGGAGCGGUUUGCGCGUACACACGUCAGAGACGAAGACACGCUGCGCAACUCGGGCGUGCUCCUGCGCCACUCGACGCUCACGCACACGAACGCGAGCCUCAACUUGUGA